CUGCAAGUUCCUGGCCAGCUCAGCCCCAGAUUGCCGUGACUGUUUGGUGGAUCCAGCAUGGAGAGAGGAAUUGGCUGAGGAAGGGUCCGUAGACCAUCUGAAUGGAUCUCAUGCUACACUUCUGAUGAAGCAAGCCUGGCCACAGACCUCCUCCUCCUGUGCCACAGAGGGCACCUUCCACCUCCCAGUGGACACUGGGACCGAGAACAGAACCUAUCAGGCUUCUUCUGCAGCAUUCAGGUACACUGCGGGGACUCCCUACAAGGUCCCACCAACCCAGAGCAACAACGCGCCUCCUCCCUACUCUCCGUCUCCAAAUCCGUACCAAACUGCUAUGUACCCCAUCAGAAGUGCCUACCCACAGCAGAACCUGUACACCCAGGGAGCUUAUUACACCCAGCCAGUGUACGCGGCACAGCCCCACGUUAUCCAUCACACCACUGUGGUUCAGCCCAACAGCAUCCCGUCGGCCAUCUACCCGGCCCCCGUCGCUGCGCCCCGGACCAACGGCGUGGCCAUGGGGAUGGUCGCUGGUACCACCAUGGCCAUGUCAGCAGGAACCUUGUUGACCACCCCACAACACACUGCCAUCGGAGCACAUCCAGUUUCUGUGCCAACGUACCGGGCUCAAGGAACCCCCACCUACAGCUACGUACCGCCGCACUGGUAAACCCACUGGCCAAGUCAUAUCCGAAGUCAAACAUUGUAUGCAACUACACAAGUCUUACAUCGGGGCUGCAGCCGCUGGACUGCAGCACCUCGUCUGUUUGCAAGAACAAAAGAAAAAAGUGCAAGGGUCACUUUAUGCAUUCUUUAGUGGUUUUUGUAAAAGCUGCUUUUUUCUAAUCUUCUGCCUCUUUAUUUUCCUUCCCUCCUCCCUCUCCCCGACCCACAUCAGUCGUGUAACACAUACUGACACUGAGCAAUAGUAAAGUUCUCUCUUCGGUCCUAUCGUUUUACAGCUCAGCAUAUUCACUUUUCAGCAUUGCCCAGUCGAGUGGUGCAAAGAGAUCCCCACUUCUUGUUCGUUUGGGUUCUUCUCAUCCUUUUUUAUUAUUGUUAUUUUUGUUGUUGUUGUUGUUGACAAGAGCCUAGGUUUCCUUUGACUAGUAAGAGUGGUUGAUGUUCAGGGUACUAUGUGAAAAGCACAGCGCUGGUAGGCAGGCUUAUUCCAAUUUGGUUUGGGUAUUUUUAGUUGGGUAACAUAAAUUAUUUAAUCUUCCUUAACGUAUUACAGGAAAAUUGGUGUCUUCCAGAUAGCUGUCGUGAUAGAUGAUGAUGCAUUAUCUGCAGUGAAAUGCUGAACUCAUCCCUUAUUUGUAGGAGUAAGAGAAUAUAACUAGCGACGUAACACGCUUGUUUUAGGAAGUAGGAGGACUGUUCACCAUUGGGUCUGCUUUUCAAAACUGGGCAGAGGCAUUUGGUGCAAGGGGAAUCGAGGGGCAGCGAUGCCUUUGGGAAGCUGGGAUGCUGUGUGCUGGCCGUGUCCCAGCACGGGCAGCUCUUUCCUGGCCACUGCUCGUGGGCAGAGGUGUGCAGGGAUGCUGUGGGGUGGGAGAAGAGAGAUUUCCAGGCUGGAGAGGCUCUACAGAGCCUGGGGAUUUGGGAAAGGAGGUUGGAUGGAGAGGAGCCUUCGUGGAGGUUGAGGUGCUCCCAUUCGUUGGGCUGUUUGGAUUGGGGUCAGCAAAGGAGCCCAAAUCCUGGCAUUGUGGAGACAGCUGGUUGGGCUGGGAGAUAGUAGGGGUAAGGAGCAGCAAUAGCAAUAAAGUAAUCUUCUGCAUCCAGAGGCAACGUGAGGCUGUUCCUGGGUCCUCUGGGGUGUCCCAGUCAAACAGGCAGCACUUGCAGGCAGCUGGAGCUACUUUUCAAUUCUUACCCCUAAACACAGCAUAGAAACAAAAGUUCUUCUUCUUUUUUUUUUUUUUCCUAAGAGAAAAAUGCAAUCAUCGUCGUGUGUUGCUUUUUGAUGGUUUUCCCUCCACGUGCCAAAGGAGCUCCAUCCAUCCAUCCAUCCUUGCGAGUGGUCCCAAGGAGCCAUCCCAGAGCCUUGCAAGGAAUUGGAUCCUUCUCGAUGGGAAUCAGUCCAAUAAGGAGAGAAACCUCUGUAGGGACCCCAAAGGACUGGGGGCUGCUGGUUGUCAGGUCAGUGGGGGGGCAGUUGGUUGCUUCUUCUGCUCUUAAUGGAAACCCAGGCAAGCUCCAAUUGCCCUCGGUCAGAGGACAGAAAGGACACAAAGUGGUGAAGCCUGAACGCCAGCGCUGUGGGUGGAGGAGGUCAUGAGGGUUUCCACCACGUGGUUUCAUUGUGUUGCACUUUCAUUUUGUAUAAAACGGAGAAAAAAAAAAAGAAAAAAAAAAAAGAAGAAAAAAAAACAAAAGUUAAAAAAAAAAAAAAAAGAGGUAAUUAAUCACAGUGUUGCCCCCUGUUUAGCUUUGGAAAGCCUCCCUGCCUAUAGGCUCAGCACUUAAAGGGAAGGGGGACGUUUGGAAGUAGGGAAACCACAUUGUCCUCUGUAACAGGUUGCAAUUAAACAUGGGCAAAAAAACCAAACAGACAAAAAAAACCAACCCACCAUUAUCACAAAUCACAGGAACCGAAGAGCUCUCAAAUACUAUUUUUUUUUUUAAAUUGUUUUGGCUCUCACAAUAUUGUUGACUUAGUGUUGGAAUUGCCCGUGGAUCAGGAGCUGUCUGUCGGUGCUGGAACGCGUUGUUGUGAUGGAGGAAGGUCCUUAGUGAAUUAACAGCACUGCAGUGAGUCCCAACACUGCCCUGAGGCUGCUCAGCCAUCCCUGCACUGGGAGGAGCUGUCUGAAUUCUCAGCCUUGGCCAGGAAGAUGCGGGGUGCGCUGCUGAAAGGGGAGAAAAGGCUGAGUUUGAGGGGUGAAGUGCCGUUCACGGCACAGAGGAACCCCCAGAUGGACACGGCCUCCUCCUCACUGUGUUUUUUUAAAGGCAUUUUGGAGUUCCCCCUAAUCAAAGCUCUGAAUUUCAGGCUUGGUCUGAAAAUGACAGAUUUUUCAUCAAAACAGGCUGAGGCUAUAAAGUUAGAAGGGAAAAGGGAAAACCCCUCCAUCUGUUACCACAGACGAGACCUGACGAGGGUCAGGUGGCUUUAUUUUGAUCCCUCUGCUUGGAUCAGUGGCAGAUUUCGUCAAUCUUCCCCAUUGUGCUUGGGUAGAAAUACCCAGUGGCGCCGUCACGGCGUGAGGAGGCGAACCUUGUUGUGGUGAGCCUAUCUUGGGACUUGGGCCGACCCUGGGGGGCUUGGGAAGCCCUCUGGGGAGAUAUUCGAUCCCCUUUCAGGGUGGUUUCCCCAGUGGAAUUUGUUUGGGAAGGAGCAGGUUGGGAAGUCAACCCAUGAUGGGGUAGAGCGCGGUGCGAGUGCAGGACCAAGGGGUGAGUAGGCAAUGGUUGUGCUGUGAGCAGCUCCAUCCAGUUCCCACCCUGGGACAGAGUUCUCCAACCCCAACUCAUCUCAUUUCAUGAUGGCAAGGUGGGCUUUUGGAGCGUGGGGUGAUGGAUUUGGGGUGGAAUGGGAUUUCCAUUGCUAAACCUUGACCUCUUGGCACCUUUAGGACCAUCUGGGAGGGACGGAGUUGUGGGAUUGUAGAGUGGGUUGAAGCCGGGGUCAACUCUGUGGGUAAGGUUUGCUCCUGGAGGCGCUGCCUCUUUCUCUGUUGACAUUCCUCAUGGUGAGAUAAAGGAACCCAGCAGGACUCUGUCACUCUGCUGUCCCGACUGCUGGGGUGCCAAAGCUCCCUGGGUUGACACCACUGGGGACACCCAAGCAUCACACGCUGCAGUUGGGUUGGUGAUGGUGAAGGUUGGUGAGCAGGAAGAAAAGGGAUUUCCCUCACUGGGGGGGACAGGGCUACGCUCUAUGCCAGAGCAAGGUUAGGAUGUCCCAGGGGGUGAUGGAGGCCAAGCAAAACUCCAGGAAGAGGAGGGGGAAAGUGUUAAGAAAAUUGUUAUCAAACCACAGCUGUGGCCGUUGCCUGAUCCCACCUCCGACUUCUGCACCACAACGCACUGCAGUGCAGGACUCAAAGCCUGUGCUGCCCCAGCCCCACGCAAAGCCCGGAGCUCCCGGCUCUGAUGGGCAGCAGCAACCCUGUAAAGCUUCUUUGCAGCUUGGGUGUGUAAUUGAAGCACUUUUUACCGUGUUACGUAAAGUUGUUUUGUUUUGUUUUGUUUUUUCCCCUUGGUUUGGUGACAAAUGUUUGCUAUUCUUGAGGAGCGUGGUAGGCAUAAAGUGGUCCCCAGUGGGGCCGGGAAGUGAGGGCAUACCAAGAAACUCCUCCCAUAUGGGGGUUUGCGUUCAGUGCUCAAAUCCAACCAGCCAAAGACAGCAAUAAGAGCCGUUGUGUCCUCUUAAGUCCUCUUCUCAGUUUUAUUUGGUCAAACGGUCAAUAUUUUCAGUCCAAGUGAGGGCUGCGGUUCCUUCUGCCUCUGUCACCCUGAUGUCCUCCCCAUGGCUUUAACCCGUGGCAGUUUGCUUUCCAUCUCUUUCUUUUCCCUUUGGCUGUUGGCUCCCCAUGGCCCCGACGCGCUGUUGCUCUGCUAUAGGGAAAUAUAGGGCAGAAAGCCUGGAAGGAAGGGAGGAAGGAGAGCUGUGGCAAGGAGUCACCAUUUGGCACUUACAGAGUCACCAGCAAUCAGGUGAUAAUGGAUUUUCUGGAGUGUCUGGAAAAAAAGAAUAGCAAAAGAUGUCAUCUGAUGGCAGCUUUCCCCAACUGGAUGCAAUGAGUUUGUAGGAAAAUGCCCAACGCGACGCCUCAGCAUUGCAUCCUUGGGAUGGAGCUGCAAGGCUGCAACCAUUGGGAGACAUAGCGAGGGAGGGGAAAAAGGGCACGAGGGGGCACCCCAAAACUGCCCCCCCAAAACCACAGAGCCUCCUCGUGCCCUAGCACCAAGCAGAGCAAACCCCCAUCCAUCUUUCUGUCUCAUUUCUUGGCCCGUUCUGACCGACGGGACAGCUGGGAUCCGCUCGUUUUUAAACAGCAUUGGAACUCUUUAAGCAAAAAUAUAUAUACAUAUUAAAAAAAAUAGGUAAAUACAAAAAAAAAAAAAAAAAGAAAAAAAAAAAGAAAAAAAAAAGUAAACACGUCUUCCAAGUCUCCACGGUGUGUAGGGAACAUGGCCUCGAACUGACACGUUGGGAAGCCCCGCAGCCGCGGCUUGUGACUAUGAAGUGUAAAUCUGGGUUUUCUCAUUUGUUUUCCGUUCCGUUUUCCGUUCUGAAGAUCAGCUCUUGAUCUCCCUGACAGAUUUCAGCCAAGAGUUUGUAACUGUACGAUAUUUACUGUAAGAUGUAGAACAUUCGAUAACUAUUAAAAUGUUUCCAGAAAAAAAAAAAAAAAAGG